AUGGAAGAUCAGGUUGAAUUAGAAGAGAAUAAUUCAGAGCCUCAAAGAAAUCUGACAAGAGAAGAGCAAUUAACAGACACAAUUGAUAGCAUUCACACUAUGCUUUCCUUUACAAAGAGAUUAAAGGUAGACUAUGGGCUUCUAUCUCUUUAAAUGGCAAGAGCUCCCCAUGAUUACUAUUCUUGGAAUCUAGAAAAAAGAUAAGACUUCCUUUAAGCUCCAUCGAUCCACAGUCUCUGUAAAACAAUAGUAAUGAAAAACAGUGAGUAUAAUGAUGAAUAUGCCUCUGAUCCAUACUAUCCAAAGUUUAUCAUGGUUAUUGUAUAAUACUCAAAGAAGCUGAUUUCCCAAAACAUUGCUGCGAUUAUGAAAAAUUAUUAGAGGGAUAACAAUAAGGAGAAAGUUGUGGGUAAAAAAUUCUUUAAAUUUAGACUUGCUGAUGAAGCAGAUGCUUUUGAACUUAGUGGUUAUAAAUAUAAUAGUAUUACUCCGUUCUUUAUGAAAAAUGAUUCUUUAAAAAUUAUCUUAUCAAAGGGAAUUUAUGAUCUCGAUCCCAAGUAUUUCUGGCUUGGAGGUGGAAGAGUCGAAUUAAAAUUGGGUGUAUCAGUUGAUGAGUUUAUGCAGUUCUUUGGGGACAGAGUAAUUGUCGGUGAAAUUUCAUGA